GGAGCCGGUCCAGGCCUCCGGCAGCUGCCGCUGCCUAGCCUGGCGCGAUGCUUCUCCAGCUGAGCGCCGCUUUUGAUCUUCAUCGGGAUGUGGUCCCUUGGCUAGUCGAGCGUUUGGCUGCGGAGGCAGUGACUCCCGUGGCUGGCCUGAGGGCAGGCUUAGAUCCCGUUGAGAAUAAUUAUGAAACCUUACGUGUAGUCAAUAUCGAAAGAAAUGGAAAAGUUAUUUACAGUUGUAAGGACAGCAAGAAGAAUGUCUUCUUUGGAUUAUAUGAUUUGCACACUAAAAAAAAUGAGCAUCUGUACACAUUUGAGAAAGAUUUGCAAGUUGUCAGUUGCUCCAUCAACCAUGAGAAAACAUUACUUGCUGUAAGUUUUCUUCAGUCAGCUAAGGAAAGAAGGAAUGAACUUCAACCAGUCUCUAAGUGUUUGACUUUGUUGAUUGAAAUUCAUCCAGUUAACAAUGUGAAAGUCCUGAAAGCAGUAGAUAGCCGCAUCUGGGUACAGUUUCUCUAUCCAAUUGAUGAAAGAAAGCCUUUCCCAGAGAGCCAUCUGUUACUGAUUUCAGAAGAGAAGUAUAUUGAACAAUUUCACAUCCAAGUCGUCGGGGAAGAUGAAAAUAGGGUGGUGAUUAAAAAUUCAGGUCAUCUCCCAAGAGACCGAGUUAUUGAGGACUUUCUUUGGGCCCAAUGGGAUAUGUCAGAACAGAGAUUAUACUAUAUCAACCUAAAGAAAUCAGAAAGUAUCUUGAAGUGUAUCCAGUUCUAUGCUGAUGAGAAUUUUAACUUAAUCUUUGAAGUUCCCUUGGACAUUUCACUCUGUGCCACUGGAUUAAGGCUCGUGAAUUUUGGGUAUGAAGACUCUCAGAAUCAAGGAGUGUUGUCCAAAGAUCUGAAUCUACAUGUUUUUACCAGUCACACAGGAAGUUUGUGCGUGUGUUACAACAAGAAAUUGGCUACUCAGGAACAAGUUACAUAUUCAGUAUUCUACCUCCAUAAAGGGUAUAGUAAGACCUUCGCUGUUGAUCUUGGAACACUGGAAUACCUAUCAAUGAAGGAUAUUACUUUCCUUAAUCUAGACUAUUAUGUGGCUGUUUACCUGCCUGGACAUUUCUUUCAUCUUCUUAACACUCAGCAUCCUGAUUUGAUGUGCCAUAGUCUGUUUCUCACAGGAAAGAAUGAACAAAUGAACUUGCUUCCUGAUCUCCCAUUACAGUCACUCUCAGGGUCCUUGGCUUGGGAUUGGUGCUCUGGGAAGCUCUUCAGAGUGAGCUUUAGCCAGUCAUCUUUAUUACAUUUCCUGUGGAGCAGCCCACUGGAUUAUGAGCGGUUGGCUGUGUUGCACUGUGUGCUUGCAUGGGGCAGGAAUCCAAGAGUCUUAGAAGCCCAGAUUAUUCGAUGGAUUUUUGAGAACAUAUGGAGCUGUCAUGCAUUUGACCUUAUUCAGGAAUUUUUAAUUGCCUCCUUAUAUUGGAAAUUUUGUCUGGAUAUAAAUAACAUGGAUAAACUUUUUCCAUAUUCCUCAGUGCAUUCCUGGAACAGAGAAAUUCCAGGAGUAACAUCUGUGACAAAAGAGAUCUUGUUACCUCUGAUGAAGGUGCAAAACUCUAAGGGGUACUGGGAAAAAUUGAAUGCCAAUUUGGAAUAUGCCAAGUAUGCGAAACCACCCUUACAGUAUAGCAACAACGUGGUCAAGAGAGAGUGGAGGAACUUAAUUUCAGAAGAGAAAAGAGGAAAAAGAAGAUCUACUGCAUAUUUCAGGAACAUUCUUGAGAAUGCCAUAAAGGUGAUUUCCAACCUAGAAGCAUGGACUGUAGAGCCACAAUUAGUUCCCCUCUUCAAGGAGGAAGAUAAUCAGCAGAGACUGCUCAUAGGACUGAUGGUCUCUGAACUGAAAGAUCAUCUUUUGCGAAAUCUGCCUGUACAAUUCAUAGGAAAGAAGAGAAUUGAACAGUUGGUCCUGGACUAUGUUUCGAAAAUGCUGGACCUCCUUUGCCAGAUGCUGGAAACUAGCUGGAGGAAACACAAUCUUCAUUCCUGGGUUUUUCACUUUGAUGGGAAUGGAAGUGCAGGUGAAUUUGCAGUCUUUCACAUCAUGACUCAGAUUUUGGACUCUGUGAACAGGAUGUGUUUACCUCUUCCUCCUGGCUUCCAUACUCUACACCUGGCCCUGGGAGUCCACUGUCUCCCCCUGUACAGCCUGCUGCAGUAUAUCGAUGAUGGAGUGCUCCUUCUCACAGAAACGGGGGUCAUGAAGCUCUUGAAAGAUCUGGACAACACAGAGAAGAAUGAAAAACUAAAAUUCAGCAUUGUUACACGUCUUCCUCCGUCUAUCAUGCAGAAGAUAAGCCACGUCUGGGAUCAUCCUCUCAAUUCUCACAUUAUUUCAAGGAACUAUGUGAAACGGCUGCUUCAGAAGCCUAAGAGACAGUUCCGAAAUCCUGCAAUUGACAAGACAUCAUUCCUUGUCGACUUCCUGCCUCUAAAUUUUUUGAUUGAAGUACUGGCAGAGAUAGAAGCUCCUCAUCAAGCUCUGAAUCCCUUUGAAGAGUGUGACAGUGUGGACACAAAAUUUGUAGAGGAAACUGCACUGAAACAGACCACAGUCCUCUUGAACUUAUAAAAGUGCUGCGACAACCAAGGACUUCCAGGAACUUGCAUCACUCUUUCCAGUGUUUUUUAAAAAUGUUGGUGAAGGACUUUUGAGCUGAAUUUUAGAACAGUUUACAUUGAGGAAAACAUUCCCAGAUGCUCUGAAGUCAACUAGGUGGUACAGAGCUCAGGACCCAUUACUGAAAGUGAAGAAUAAUGACUUAAAUUUGGGGAAAGGAAAAAACCUUUCAAGAAGUUGAACAUUUUCAGAGAUAUCCUUCAAAUGCUAGCCUAAAUUGCUUUAGUUUUCCACUUCUGAACAGAUGAUGAAAGGCAUGUGUAUAGAAAAUGACAAGAUCUAGAGAGCAAGCAAAUGGCCUUUCAGAUACUGUACAGAGAAGAGCCUCUCCACUUCUGUACUGUCUGUUUUCUGAAGAAAAAAAUGUAGACUUGAGAAAAAGUAUGUGGUAUCUCAACACAAAAUGGCUGGAGGUUUAAACAUUUUACCAAAUUUUUACAUUGAAAAUGUGGACAAUAGGAUAAGAAAAACAAAUGGGACCCUUUUUUUAUAAAUAGUAUACGUACGAUAAAAGAGAGGAAAAGUUAUACAUUUAACAUGAAAACUCUGUUUUGAGUUUAGAAGCCUUUUCUUUUAUUGAUUGUAUUUAAUUAAAGCUGCCUUUCUUUCCAAUGUAGAAUAAUUUGUAAUGUUUGUAUAUUGUGCACUUGGAGUUUGUAAUUAAAAUGAUUACAGGGAACUCUUAUUUAAUUUUAUAUUGUUGACAUUUU